UGUAUGUACCUCAUUUUCUCUCGGAACCAAAGAGCCAGUUAUCGAUUGUACACACACGGAAUUCAUUAGGAUCAGACACACAGGCAAGAUGGCGGAGGGAGAUUCAUGGGAUGCUGACACUUUCGACCCGGACGAGCUGGCGGCUAUCGGGACCAAGAAAACUGUUGUGGCGGAUAAAUGGGAAGGCGAGGACGACGAUGACGAUAUCAAGGACAACUGGGAUGAUGACGAGGAGGAAUUUAAAAAAGCAGAAGAGAAAAAAGCUGCAGAGACAAAACUUUCUGAAAAGAAGAAAUUAGCUGAAAAAAUCAAAGAAAAGGAAAGUUUACAAAUGAAAAAACAAGAAGAGCUGAGAAAACGGUUAGAGGAAUCACAGGAAACAGAACUCUCACCGGAGGAUGAGCUUGCAGAGAAACUCAGAGUGAAGAAGUUACAGGAGGAAGCUGAUCUUCUAUUGGCUCAGGAGGCUUUCGGUGUCGUCAACAACGUAAAAGGAAUUGAUGCUAUAAGCCCGUCUUCUAAAGAUGACUUCACAGAGUUUGAAAAGUUGUUAAAAGACAAGAUAUCACCUUUCGAGAGUUCAAUACACUAUUCCGGCUUCCUGGAGUCCUUGUUUCGAGACCUCUGUCUCUCAUUGGAGGUGGAGGACUUGAAAAGAGUCAGCAACUCCCUCACAGUCUUACUAAGUGAGAAACAGAAACAGGAAAAGCAGCUGAAUAAAGGAAAGAAGAAGAAGAAAGGCCUGGUUUCUGCCGGAGGGAUGAAGUCCAAGAUGAAGGAUGACCUAGCGGACUACGGCGAGUUCGAUGGAGGUUACGUACAAGACUACGAGGACUUCAUGUGACGUGACACCAACCGAGUGCUGCGUCUCAAACGGCACCCUGUUCCCUAUGUAGAACCCUUUUUAUAUAGGGGAUAGGGUGACAUUUAGUAGGCUUCCACUGUCUGUCCCCCAUUCCCUCUCCACUCUGCUCCACCCAACCCCCUCAGAGCAUGACCUAUGACCUAUUCUACUGCCCAGAGCCAUCCAAUGAUAACCACCCUUAUGUCGCCCACCGCCAGCCGCACACAAACUCGAUUUUGAAAGAAGGGUUGAAUGGUUUGACCAAGAACGUCUGAUUUCCUCGAAAACUGACUGACCAAUAAGACUGUUCUGGAUACCAAUAUGUUUCACCUCCCAUAAUGAGAUGCAAAAACACAGCAGCAAACUUUUUAAAGUUUUUUUUCCCCCCAAAACCUAGAAUGGAUUUAAUUGUAUCUUUUUAAAAGAAAUGAUCUGUCAACAAAAUUAAUUGUUACUGUUUGACGAAAGGAAAAUAUAUUUUGUGUUCCAUGCAAAUCAGAUUCUUACUAUUUUUCUCAAGUAUUAUAAAAACAUUUAUUUUUAUUUAUUUUUUACUCAAAGGAUGGCUAUUGGCAUUCUGAAAUAUAACACUGCUUUUGUUAUGUAAAGGAUAUAGUUCUCCAGAUGUCAGUUCGGUGCUCAUCACAUAUUACACUUGGGAAUAUAUUGAUCCUUGACGACAUAUCGUAUUUUUCAGGAGAACAUGUCCAGAAGGAGUUUAGGACCAGUUGAGAAAAGCAACCCAGGAAUGAACAUGUUGCAUGGUUACAUAGUCUUCAAAUAUAUUUUUUAUUUGUUGAAUUCCUAAAUUCUGUGUUUUAUAGAAUGGUUAAAGAUUGAUUACUUCUAGUUGUAAGGAGGGUAAUAUUGCCCUGAACAUCCUUCCCCCUUUACAUUAUUUAAAUUUUUCUAGGAAAAUAAUACAAAAUGUUACUAUAAAGUAAUUUUAAGGCUAGGAAGUAUCGAAGCCACACAAAGUCAAUGUGUGAACGUAGGCCCAUAUACUGCUGAAAUGAACAUGAUGUAACCAUAAUCUUAACUGUCAGUGUAUUUUAAUGGAGAAAUGAUGGAGCUGAAAAUAAUCUGUUAUGUAGCGUUUCAAUAAAUAGCCGUAGGGUACUACUCCGUGUCAGAUAGAAAACACAGCGCUGAACAUUUCAUCCUGGGCCUAUGUUCACAAAGCAUCUGGGUAGAUAUGCUGAUCUAGGAUCAGGUGCCCCCCCCCCUCUUAUUCAUUAUGAUCAGAAAAGGCUAAACUGAUCCUAGAACAGCACUGCUACGCUGAGAAACCCUGUAUAAUCACUUCCACUGAGUUGAAGCAACAAUCAUUCUAGGUCUCCUUGGCAUAACUUUGCACGGCUUGUAUCAAGUGAGGUGAGAAACAGACCAAAUGUAUUAGGAAAGAAGGUUGUACUGGGAUAAUAUCACUUGUUUUUGUUUUUCACAACACAUUUUCAGGAUUGGUAAUGGAAAUAGAAAUAUAAUAUUAAAUACUAGUUUUUAUUUUUAUUUUAUCCACCUAAUUUAAUAAAAUCGUUAAAAUUA